GCAGCGGCAGAAGCAGCAGCAGCAGACGCAGCGGCAGAAGCAGCAGCAGUUCCCCGGGUGUCUUCUGCUCGUCCACUGUGGAUUUACUGUGUUUUAACCGUGGAACAAAUGCACGCGCAAGACCUGCGCUGAACUUUUUCUUCAAGCCAAACCAAGAAAAGGGAAUAUUUGAAUUAUUAUUAUUAUUAUUAUUAUUAAUAUAAUUAAUAAUAAUAAAAACACAAGUCGGGAUACAAGUCGCACUUGGAUUAACAGGACUGUGAAUGUUCUAGUCUGCGCGUGGACAUUUCCCCCCGUGGAUGGAGUUUUGUGUGUUUGAUGGAUUCCACGUUAUGGAUGUUUGCAUAUAGGUUUUCCGAUGCAUGCCAAGUCUACGGUGAAUGUCGGAAGUGGUGAUCCCCCCAGAUGGAGCUCCAAAGUCAACAUGGCCCCGGCGGUUCAUUAGUGGUGAUCCAGCAGCCUUCCCUCGAGAGCCGGCAGAGGUCGGAUUACGAGCGGGAGCUCCAGCAUGCCGCCAUUCUCUCCCUGGACCAAAUCAAGGCCAUCCGCUCCAACAACGAGUACACUGAGGGGCCCUCGGUGGUACGGAGGCCCCCCGCGCCCCGCAUGGCCCCCAGGCCCCAGGACAAGCAGGAGAGGACUCACGAGGUCAUCCUCGUUAAUGUGAACAACAACUACGAGCACCGGCCGUCGGGUCACCACCAUCACGUGGGCGGCGGUGGCGUGGUGGUGGUGUCCGGUGGCUCGCGGGCGCCGGGUCUCAGCCGCUCCACGAGCACAGGAAGUGCCGCCAGCUCGGGGAGCAACAGCAGCGCCUCCUCUGAGCAGGGACUCUUGGCACGUUCACCCCCCACCAGGCCCAGCAUGAGCUUACAGCACCACCACCGGCCGGAGCGGCCCGUACGGACUCAGCCCAAACCUAAGACCCUGUCCCAGCCCCAGCAGGGACCUCACUUCCACCAGCCUCCACUAGAGGCUCCACUCAAGCCACAGGGCAAAGGGAAAUCAGACUUCUCUGGCAGUGGCACCGGAGUCACGGCCGCCGCCGGCCACCAGUUCAUCUGCGAGUGCUGCGGCAAGUGCAAGUGCAGCGACUGCACGUCGCCGCGGAGCCUGCCCUCGUGUCUGGCGUGUAACGGUCAGUGUCUGUGCUCGGCGGACAGCGCGCUGGAGCACGGCACGUGCAUGUGCCUGGUCAAGGGCAUCUUCUACCACUGCUCCAACGACGACGAGGGCGGCUCGUGCGCCGACCACCCCUGCUCGCUGUCCCGCUCCCACUGCUGCUCUCGCUUCCUGUGCAUGGGAUUAAUGUCGGUACUCUUCCCCUGUCUGCUGUGCUACCUGCCCGUCAAGGGCUGUCUGAAGGCGUGCCAGAGCUGCUACGACCGGGUCAACAGGCCCGGCUGUCGCUGCAAGAACUCCAACACUGUCUAUUGCAAACUGGAGAGCUGGGACCGACCGAGCCAGGAGAAACCCUCCUGAUCCCCCCCGUCUGUCUGUCUGUCUGUGUGUGUGUGUGUGUGUGCUCGCGUGUGCAGGAGCCUCGUGAUGUGGAUCUAACGAUGACAAUGACAUACACGCAAUUCAAUGUUUAUCAAACAUUCUUAGCACCUCCUCCUCCUCCUCCUCACUGCGGAACCUCCGGAGCUAAAAACAAAAAACAAACAAGGAGUAACGAAAACCACUCGAUUUUAUUUUUGAUUUUCUUCUGGAUCAGGACCAUGUUUUUACAGACCAGUGUUUGCCUUAACUGUUUCUAUGUCUGUCCUCAGCUCCUCAUUAACACACACACACACACACAUACGUGUGUGUGUGUGAGUGAGAAAAUGUUUUCUUCCGUUGUCGGGGGCGACUUCCUCUGGGUCCGUGUUUCCCGCACAGGAAGUCGCCUCUCGUCUAAACUCUGUGAAGGACGAUCUCCUGUAGGCAAAUAUGUAGCUGUUACCUGGUGAUUGACAGCACGCAGGUAUGUGUUCAGUCAUCGGUUACACACACACACACACACACACACACACACACACACACACA